UCAGGGUAUGUAGAUGAUCCAUUGCAGCUGAUUGGGAGUGAUGAUUCAGGGAUCGGUGAUGAUGAACCUAAGGUGCAUGUGCGGAUGUUUGCAGAAAAAUCAAGCUGUAUAGCUGAGCUUGUGAAUGACAUAAUAACAAUUGCCAAUGAAGAUCCAGCUUGCAUAAUGGAGAAGGAGAGUAUGAAUAAACUCCAGGAGGCAGGAGAAAAACUGAUUGCUUUUGCCAAAAAAAAGGAUACAACACAACAACAGAUGGAGAAUGAUGCAAUCAGUGAAGAGCAUGGUGGAAAUGGUGUAGAGAUUGAUGAUGAUGUGUUCUGGAGUCACCCAACCACUCUUGCCAUACUAGAAAAGGCUGAGAAAAAUGGGGUGAAGGUAGGAAUGACCAAUAAGAAUACAUCACCAUUACCAUCAUUCUCUAUUGGACUGACACAACAAGAGAGAG